CCCGCCUCUACUAGUUAGAGCCCAAGGCGCUUGGCUGUUGCUUCCUUUACGCAGGAAAUCGACCGACGAACACUGGAACAUCGAACAGGGGUGAUUCACUAUUUUCGGCCUCUCUCCCACUUGCCGUCUUCUUCUCCUUCAUCUCUUUCAUUCUUGGUGGAUUUUAUUGCUAAACAAUAAUGCAAUGGAGGAAUUAAUAAUGUCUUUAAGGAGAAUCUUUUACCACUAACAUUGAUUGGUUAGUUUCUUUGGGUUUUAUAAGGCCAUGGGAUUAGGUUCCCCUAAAUCAAUGGCUUCUGCAUAUCCUAAGACACUUGUACCAAUUGCAGCUUCAAUUGGGGGACUUGCCUUGUUCUUAGUUUUUGCUUCUUUGCUUCUUGUCGAUCAGCCAAUUGGAUCUAAAGUUAGUGGGUACUUUUUUAACCUAGAUCAAGCUAGCAAAGUUGAUUUAUCUCCCUUUAAUAAUGAAACAAGCAUAUUUGAGAUCAAGGAUAGGGCUAAUGAUACAGAUACAACCAGAAAGAUUGUUGAUUCAGCUACCAACAAGACUGUUGAUACAAAUAUCAACAAGACCAUUGAGUCAGAUGUCAACAAGACCAUUGACUCAGGUAUCAACAAGACUGUGGAUGCAGGUAUCAAGAAGAGUGUUGAUUCAGGAUGUGAUUUGUAUGAUGGGAAAUGGGUAUAUGACUCGGGUGGUCCUUUAUACACAAACAAUUCAUGCCCUGUGUUGACACAGAUGCAAAACUGCCAAGGAAACGGUAGGCCUGAUAAGGAGUAUGAGAAUUGGCGAUGGAAACCCACAAAAUGCAAUCUUCCAAGAUUUGACCCCAAAAAGUUUCUAGAAUUGAUGAGAGGAAAGACAUUAGCUUUUGUAGGUGACUCUGUUGCCAGAAAUCAGAUGGAGUCAAUGUUAUGCAUUCUUUGGCAGGCGGAAGCUCCAAAAAACCGUGGGAAUAAAAGAAUGCAACGAUAUUAUUUCCGAUCAACAUCCGUAACAAUCAUACGAAUAUGGUCAUCAUGGCUAGUCCACAAAACAACCGAAAAUUUUGAUUUUGCACCCGAGGGUGUAGACAAGCUCCACCUUGAUAUCCCUGAUGAAACUUUUCUAAAUGACAUUCCCACUUUUGACAUUCUCGUCCUUUCCUCUGGUCACUGGUUCGCAAAAAAAGCCGUUUACAUUUUAAACAAUGAAAUCGUGGGCGGACAAUUAUGGUGGCCUGACAAAUCCCGUCUAAAAAAAAUCGAAUCCCCCGAAGCUUUUAAAAUAUCUGUAGCAACUAUUAUGUCCACCCUCGUGAGUAGCCCGGGUUACACCGGGCUAACUGUGGUCCGGUCUUAUUCACCGGACCACUACGAGGGUGGAGCCUGGAACACAGGCGGGUCAUGCACUGGGAAGGUGAAGCCCGCUGUGGAUUUAGUUGAGAAUGGGUUUACAAAUAUGAUGCAUGAUAAACAAGUGUUGGGGUUUAAUCUUGGUGUGAAAAAUAAAACGAAUAAAUCACGGGUUGUGUUUAUGGAUAUUACAAAAGCUUUUGCGUAUAGGUAUGAUGGUCAUCCGGGCCCGUAUAGGAGUCUUGACCCGAAUAAGGUGGUGAAAAGGAGUGCGGAUGGGCGGCCCCCACCGCAGGAUUGUUUGCAUUGGUGUAUGCCGGGCCCGGUUGACACGUGGAAUGAGUUGUUGGCUGAGGUUAUAAGGAGGGAUUUUGAGGGUGGGGAUUGAUUCAUUGAUUGGUUUUCAAUUUCGUAUGCUGUAGAGGAUUAAGCAGUUGUACAUACUAUGUUGUUUGUCGUAGGCUGCUGCUAUUAAUAUAUGAGAGUUAUAACGUUCGUUGGUUUUCA